CACAAAGUAGUUCCGCGUGGUGUUUUGUUCCGGAGGAGAUCUGAGGCUUUGCUUCGUCCAUUCGUUCACGCUCGUGUUAUAGCAUUUUCGCGUCGUUAAUAUGAUCCCGAUGCCUGUGGUAGUUUGUGUGCUGGGGGGCUGGUGCGUCGUGUACUUGGCCGACACCGUAUUGAAGUCAUCCUCCUCCCUGAAGGCAUCUUACGAAGACCGGCUUGCAUCAUAUGGCCUAACCAUCUCUCCAUUUCAUGUGCGAUGGCAAACUGCUCUCUUCAACCGCCUGUUUUACAAUUGGGGAAGAUGGAAACCCAGAUUUCUUUAUCUAUGGUUUAGUCUAGGAAUGUUUUUUGGCAUUGCUGCUAUGUUUGGUUCUGUUUUUCUCCUUGGGAAGACACUGAUGCAGACACUCUCACAGAUGCUAACUGAAGCUCCUACAGCUCAGAAUGACCAGAUGUUGCAGGUCGUGGUGCCUGGCGUAAAUCUUCCCAUCAGUCAGCUGUCCUACUUCUUCGCAGCAAUUCUCAUCAGUGGUGUCAUACAUGAAGUUGGCCAUGGGGUGGCAGCUAUUCGAGAACAAGUUCGAUUUAAUGGUUUCGGGAUUUUUAUAUUUAUUGUUUAUCCUGGGGCAUUUGUUGAUCUCUUCACCACACACUUGCAACUUAUUUCUCCAAUCCAGCAGCUAAGAAUAUUUUGUGCAGGAGUCUGGCAUAACUUUGUGCUUGGAGUUGCAAGUCUUGUGGUUCUUUUCAUACUGCCAGCUCUUCUUUUUCCAUUCUAUUAUACUGGUGCAGGGGCACUUGUUACUGAAGUCACAGAGGACUCUCCCGCUAACGGACCCAGGGGCCUAUUUGUAGGUGAUCUUGUCACUGCUCUGCAGGACUGUUCAGUUUAUGGUGUGGAGGACUGGAAUUCUUGCCUAGGAGAGAUUUCUCGGAAGCCACAAACUGGCUAUUGCAUAAAAGCAACAGUUCUGCAGCAGCUAAGCUUCCCAUCUAGAGGUUUUAAGAGACUUGAUGGAACAGUUGAAUGCUGUAGCAACAAUAGCCUCACCGAUGUCUGCUUUUCAUACAGUAAUAAUUUGGAGAGCCACCUGUAUACCUGUUUGCCAGCUCGGAAAACUAUUGAAGCCAGUCAGCUCUGCCGUACUAACAUGGAUUGCCAGAAGGAUUUUGUUCCAAGCUUGUGUGUGACUCCUUCUUUGGAAAAUCAAACGAGACUUAUCCGAGUGAAACACCCACCUCAGAUGGAUAUGCUGUUUGUAGGGCACCCACUACAUCUACAGUAUACAGUGAGCCUCAGCAGUUUUGUACCUCGGCACAGUUUUCUCAGCGUGGACCUGCCUGUAGUGAUGGAAACUUUUUGCAAAUAUUUGAUUUCACUGUCUGGAGCAUUGGCUGUAAUUAAUGCAGUCCCCUGCUUCGCUUUGGAUGGUCAAUGGAUACUCAACUCUUUCCUGGAAGCUACUCUCAGUGCCUUGAUUGUUGAAAAACAAAACAGGGAGCUUGUGGGCUUUUUAAUUUUGCUUGCUGGCAGCACGCUUUUGGCUGCCAAUGUGGCUCUAGGACUCUGGAUUGUGACAGCACGAUAGUAUAUUAGCAAACUGUGAUGUUGGAUACCUUGUGUAAAUGUUCUAGGAACACAGGAUAAAAAAUGGCAAUUUCCCUUGCUAUACAUGCUGUGUGUAUACACACGUGUGGAACUAGCAGCAUGAAACAGCUGUAAUCAUAUUACAUGGAAAAAAGCUGUCUGCCAAGGAAACUGUGUCGUAAUUCAAGCCCUGGCAUAAAUAUUCUAGAACUGAAUAGGUAAAUUUUAUUAUUGUUUUUUCUUCAUUGAGAAGGCUACACUGAAGAAGGGUUAGGCAUGACAUGAUUUAUUUAAAUCUCCAAGUGGGGAAGUAACUUGGCACUAAAAUUUUGUCAGUUACAAAGUAAAAACACUUUGUGCUUUGAAUAAGGUGAGCAGGGACUUUGUGGUGUAUCUCCUGUUCCAUUUUAGAUUCACAAAAAUUGUAGUCUGGGAGAAAGAACCAAUUUUAUGAUCAUGACAUCCUCUGUCAGCUGCAGCAUUACAAAAACACAAACAGCUGCUCUCGCCACACACUACUCACAGCUGCUGCAGGCAUACAUUGUGCCCAUAGGCCACAUGUUCUGGAGGGUGCUGAGAAACUUAGGAAGGGAAACCUAAUGCAGGCUGGGUGCAGCCUGUGGACCAUAUUUGGCCUACCUGUUAUGUAGAUGAAAAGUCCCACUGUCUUUUAAGAAUUAAAUACAUGAGAAACUAUUUAAAAUAGUUCUUUAUAAUUUUAUAUGUGAUACAUGAAUCACUUUAGAACUUUCUGGACUAUUACAGUCAGACUGGCUUGAGCCUCUACUCCCCUGUAGGCAUCUUUACCUUUAAAAUACUUGAAUUCUGCUGUUAGAAAGUCAAAUGGAGUUUUUCUGUGAAUCAUAAAAUGACUGUGUGUUCUCUUUGGCUCCACACUGAAACUUGCCUUCCAUGUGUAAUAGGGCUGUGAUCAAUAGGUCCAUCAAUAUUUGCUUUCCUUAGUGAAUGUUAAUGUCUCAAUUUUUUAUGUUUUACAUAGGUACUGUUUACACUUAACUGAAGAGCAUUCUAAUUCCAGCAUCUGUUUUAAUGAGAAGUUCUGUUUUGUGGAUGAGCCUGUUUAAAUGUUAACUAAUGCCUCAUAAUAUUGAGGUGUCCUUUGCACAUGUUGCCAGCUGUGUGGGAGCUGCCCACAGAUGGGCAGCUCUCAUCUUGCUGGAAAAACAUCUAAAGGUCACUGUAGGCAUCACAAGAAGUUCAUGUAAAGCAUUUGUGGUCUAAAACCCAAUGCCUUUAGGAGUUUUGCUUUCUCAUCUUUGAAAGGGAACACCCUGAGAGUGGAUGACAUUUUCUGUACUUUUGCUGGGAAAUUUUCUAGAUGAGAAUAAGGACUUUGUGUGGUCCCACUAAGAUAAUUAUUCUGUUACUGUCUCUGUCUCAACCAAAUCAGCAUGUUGACCACUCAGUAUCUUCUUCAGUUUUCUUAUCAGCAGAUUUUUUUUAAAGUGCUUGCUUCAGACUGAUGUGAACGAUUCAAUCAUGCUUAUCCAAAGUUAUUUUUAUAGACAGUAUUGAUUUGAAAAAUAUGAAAGGUUUGCUCACAAGUUUUAAUUAUUGACUAUUAGCCACUUAGAUUGUCUCCUGGCAAAAAAGUGGGAUAUAGACUUAAAUGUAAACUUAAAAAUUCUAUAUAUGUGCCAUUUCUAAUUUAUACUUGAUUGUAAAAAUCUGUAUCAGAUGGAAAAAUGCUGUUUGAUAUUCAGAGCGAUUGUACAUAAUUAAGAUUAAUGCCUACUGUACUCUUCUUAUGUACCUUGGCCUGAAUGGCCCAUACUAGGCAAUCUCAUCAGAUCUUGAAAGCUAACAGUGCCAGCCCUGGUUAGUACUUGGAUGGGAGAGCAAGGAAGUCUUUGGUUGCUAUGCAGAGGCAGGCAAAGGUGACCAUCCUGAACAUCUCUUGGUUUGAAAACCCCAAUAAAUUGGUUCCAACUUGAUGGCA